AGAACAGGCAAAAGGAAAGGUACUCUGUAAGCAGCUCCUCCAUGAAGACUCAAACUGAAGGCAAACCAGACCAGAGAAGAAGCUAUGGAUUUUAACUCCAGUUGCAAGAACAAGAAAACUGCAAAUCAGUCCAUGCUGCUAUGUUGCAAGCUCUUCAUAUCAGAAUCACGUAAUCACGCAGCGCUUGACUCGAUUGAAAGAGCUGCGAGGCUCGACCCAGAAACUGUGGUAGUGAACAAAUUUGAGGACAGAGCUUAUAACAGGAUAAGGUACACUCUUGUGUCAUAUGUUGUUCUUGAUACCACAGGAAACGCCAUUUACAGCCCAUUGCAGCAAACUGUGCUGGCCAUGGCUGAGGCAGCUUAUGGAGCCAUAAACCUUGAGUCCCACAGUGGGGCACACCCUCGGCUUGGUGUUGUGGAUGACAUUGUUUUCCAUCCUUUAGCUCGAGCUUCCCUGGACGAAGCAGCUUGGCUCGCUAAAGCUGUGGCAGCUGAUAUUGGCAGCAGAUUUCAAGUUCCAGUAUUUCUUUAUGCUGCAGCACACCCAACAGGAAAGGCCCUGGACACCAUCAGGCGUGAGCUGGGUUACUACAGACCCAAUUCCAUGGGGUACCAAUGGGCAGGAUGGAACAUGCCUGAAAUUCUCCCUGAAAAGCCCAAUGAAGGCCCGCAGCAUGUGUCUCGUGCCAGAGGCAUCUCAAUGAUUGGAGCACGACCCUGGGUAGGAUUGUACAAUGUGCCUAUCCUGUCAACAGAUGUCUCUGCUACUCGACGGAUUGCAAAGAUGGUGAGCGCUCGUGGCGGUGGGCUGCCAACAGUGCAAACACUGGGCCUAGUUCAUGGGGAGGAUUCCACUGAGAUAGCUUGCAUGCUGUUAGAGCCCAAUCAGAUUGGAGCAGACAGGGUCCAGUCCAGGGUUGAGAUGCUAGCAGCUGAAGAAGGAUUGGAUGUAGAAAAGGGAUACUUCACUGACUUUUCACCCGAAAUGAUUAUUGAAAAGUACAUGAAUCUAACCUCUGCUAACAGAGAUUGAUCAAGGAUUUGUUUGAACAUUUAUCUGUAUCUUUAGAUCGUCAAGUUCUAGCUGACAUUGCCUGAUUAAGAUGCAAGAACUUCAAGCUUUGGAUGAUUGAAAGAAAAAUCAGGAAUAAUGUUUUUCUCCCAGUUGUUGAUUUCCAUGAUGAGACAUGCACCUACGAGCAACAUUGAUAUUGGUGGGUCACUAACAUGGAAUCAGAUUAGCUACUUCCAAGCUUUCUUGAAAGCCCUGGCUUACAUGUACAAUAUAUGACAUACAAACAAAGAGAGACCUCAGAUCUUCAUGCAUAAAUUAGACAUAAUAAACAAAGUAAAGGAAUAGGAUU